CCCCUCAGUUCCCAAGGCUCGGUUUUGAGUCGACUCGAUCGUCCCCCCUCAGUUCCCCUUGCUUCUCCCCCCUCUUUGCCAAAGCCAACUACAAGGGCAGUUCGGUCUUCUUCACCAUCUCUCCUGCGCACGAGAAGGCGUUCUGCAGCAUCGCCCACCUGCAGACCAGACCUCCCCCUGGUACCCGAUUCCAGUGAUGAGCAAAGCGCUGGUAACCGUGCGGGACUACUUCGCCAAAGCGAACUACAAGGGCACAGCGGUUUUCUUCACCUUCUCUCCAGUGCACGAGAAGGCGUUCUGCAACGUUGCUCGACCAUUCGACACGAACGUUAACUCGGACAAGACGCUCAUGAGCUUCAUACUCCCAGCCAUGAAGAAACAAGUGACAGUGAUGAAGCGGUCUACAAUGCGCGUGGCAGAGGUCACCUACAUGAGCGCCAUGAGGCCCGACGCCCACCUGGGGCUGAACGGGCGGGACUGCAGCCACUGGUGCCUGCCGGGAGUGCCUGACGCCUGGUCCGAUGUUCUGUACAACAUCUUGAUGGGAGUGAGGAGGAACUUUACAUGAGAAGCUUCAGCUGAGAACGAGGGGGAAAGGUAGGAAGCGGGGCUGCAGCCACUGGUGCCUGCCAGGUGUGCCUGAUGCAUCGGUACAACAUCUUGAUGAGGGGUAGGAGGAACUUCACAAGAAGGAAGGGGAGAGGAGGAAAGGGGUGGGAGACUGCACCCACUAGUGCCUGCAGGGUGCACCUAGCACUUGCUCCAGCGGGCUCUAUACAACAGAGUCCAGCUUGGAGGUAUUCCAGAUUGGAACUCUAUACACGGAAGCAACAGAUAGCAGCAGGCAGUUGUGCUGGUCAUGCGAGGGCAGAGCACUGGAGCCGGGUUUCCCAAUGAUGUCUAUAUAAUGCACAGGUUUAUCCUAAGCUUUGAGGUUGGCUGGAAAGCUUGGUGGAAUCCAUAGUCCGUGAUGCAUCAUUCACAGUGGUUGAUAGUACAGUGAUUCCGUCUUGUUUCUUUUCUUUCUGGUACAUAAUAAAGAUCCUGCUUGCAU